ACUGCUGAGGAGGAGACAGAGGGGACCCUGAGACAACACGUCCCACGCCAGAGCCAGACAGCCAGGGAACUUUGAUUUGACGCCAAGUAGCCUGCGAUGAAAAUGACGAUGAGGAGAAAGAGCCACGUUUCUUCUUCUCGGGAGGCUUAGAUAUGUCGGGCGUGUGCAACAUAUGAUGUCCUUGGACUCAUAUGCUCAAUGAAGAUUUAUUUAUCUCUGAUUUCGCUCCUGUGUUCGCUGAUGGUGCCGCGUCGUUGUGCCCGCACUUAGGUCAGCCGAAUGCAUGUGAAGGCAGUCUGAGCGCAUUGUUUCCAGCUCCGUGUCAUAUGGGAUUUCCAGCCGUGAUGUCUGCAAUAUUUCGCUCUUUGUUUCUGGUUCUAUUCAGCCUGCUGUCAGUGGGUGCCCAGACGGAGAUGAAGAAGGUCGUCGGGGACAAUGCCACCUUACCGUGCCACCACCAGUUCCCGUCGUCGAACUCUCUCGACAUUGAGUGGCUACUGCAGAAACCAAACUCCAAACAGAAAGUGAUCAUUACCUUCUUUGGGGGACAGGUGUACACCAAUGAGGCGACGGGCAGCGAGGCCAGCCGUCUGUCCUUCGCUGGCGAGUACCUGGGUGGAGACGCCUCCCUGCUGAUCAGUGACCUGCUGCUGACCGACUCCGGGGAAUACUACUGUAAAGUCAAGACUGGGGGGAAGUACCACUGGAGCCAGGUCAACCUCAUUGUGCUGGUCAAACCUUCCAAGCCGAGGUGUUGGAUGGAUGGCAAACUCCUGGAGGGCAGUGAUGUCAAGCUUAGCUGCAAGUCCAGCGAUGGCUCUGACCCCAUCAACUACAAGUGGGAGCGAGUGCUGGACAAAGGCAAGAGUCUGGGCAAAUUGCCAAACCUGGCACUGAUAGAUCUCAAGAACCCAGAGCUCGUGACCCUGAGGAAUCUCACCAUGGACAGCACAGGGGUCUACAGGUGCACAGCAAGCAAUGAUGUGGGAGAGGAAAACUGCACCAUUGAGGUCACAAUGCAGCAUGUGAGGGAUGUAGGUAUGGUAGCAGGUGCGGUGGUGGGGAUAUCCCUCGGCGUCCUCAUUGUCAUAUUAAUCAUCUGGCUCGUCUUCCGGAAGAAAGAGAAGAAGAAGUAUGAGGAGGAGGAGACUCCAAACGAGAUCAGGGAGGAUGCAGAGGCUCCCAAGGCCAAGCUAGUGAAGCCCAACUCCCUGUCCUCAUCCCGCUCUGGCAGCUCCCGCUCCGGCGCCUCCUCCACCCAGUCCAUGGUGCACAACAGCGCCCAGCGUGGUCACCGCCCCCGCCCACCUGCUGUAACAGCUCUCAAGGAAAAUGGACAGCCUCCAGGCUUCCCCCAGUCCCCUCCAUCCUACACUUCAGUGGUGCCCAAGACCCCCGAGCCCCCUACCACUCCCAAAUUCAACUCCAGGAACAUGUCUGGGCCCACACCCCCAACCCUCAUGGUCCCCGCCCAGACCAAGGCCUUUCAGACUGUGUAGGACUGAAAGCCAGCCACUUCCUGCAGCCAUGUGAGACUCCCAUCCCAGCCCAAGUCCCCGAGCCCCCUCCCAAAGACUAAGACUCUUCCAUAAACAAAGAAAUGCAACUAGUUAAAAGGAUGUAAUUAAAAGAAUCAAUACUAUAAGUCCAAAAGUACUUUUAAUGAAUGCAUACUUAAAAAGGGAAAAUAAGACAUGCUUGCCCCUACUGAAUUACAUAAAACAACAAAACAAAAGAAAAAACAAGACCCGAGAUGCAACGCUGUCCGUGUCUCAUGGCUGAAGGCAGAACUUGUUUUCUGAGUUCCGUCUUUUGGCUUUGGAAGCACAGGGAAGCGCCAUGUGCAGCGAGGUGGAAGGAGCCCCCUACAGUAGUAAAGCUUUUAUUUAUUUAUCAAAUCAAAGGGUUAGGCAUGCAGUGGAGAAUAAGAGGGGAAAAAGGGAGACAGUAAAAGCUGGAUGAUAUAGUAGAUCCAAACUCUGAGCCAGAUACCAAUGGAGUCAUACAGCUGUUGAGCUUUGGUUGUGGACAAAUACAAGAUGGAUACAAGCAGGGCGAAAAAACAAGGAGGAAGAAAAGUGCGAGAGUGCAAGACAGCUACUGAUUUUUUUUUCCUCUGGGAGGAGGGGAGGGGGGGGCGCGGGGUGAUUCUCUGAUUCAUGUCACCCUGCACCUCCGACUCGCUGCCUCCAGCACCUGCUCUGAAACCACAAACCCCUUUGCCUCCCAUGGGCUGGGCCGAUUGUGCCCAUCCAUGUGGACAGACACAGUGUGCGGGCGUGUGCAUCAUCUGCCUCAGUGCUCUCGGUCUUUUCGUGCUCUCAUAACGAAGCCGUGAGAAACUACAGCGGCCCAGAGACUGACUCAGCUGGCUCACAAACAGCUCAUCUGCUUUACCAAUCAGCAGGGGAAACUUCAGGUACAAGGAUGUAGCAUUGACAGCCGAGUCAAAUCAAUGGAGCAAACACCCCCCCUCCCACAUCCUGUCUACAUCCACAGACAUCCUUUUCUGGUACUGAAUAUCUUUCCUGAAUAAUUAAAUAGUAUGUAUUAGGCCUAUAGCGAGUCACUACUUUAAAUAUAGGGGAUAAGCAUCUAUUAGACCAGCUGGACUUGUUUUUCUUUUCUUUUGUUUCAGUUCUCCUGUGUUUCUUCUCUCUGAACAGGUUGUAAAGGGUGACAGACAGCUAUAUGUCCAUUCAUCCAUAUUAAGAAGUGCCACCAAUCCUUAGGAUGGGUUAUUAUUCUUGCUUUUUUUACUCUUUUGUUUACCUGCUACAUUUCUGAACUGAAACCAAAUUCUUUCACCAUGAAUGUGUGAUGUACAAAGAUGGUGGAUCCCGUUCAUUCCAGCUCCCGAUAAGGUACUGAAUCAACAUUGGAGCUGAGGCACAAAACAUUGACCUUGACGUUCAAUUUCACAAUUACUAUGUCUGAAUGAAGGGAGCGGGGAGUAUGAUUCUGGAGACUUCAAUUGUAUAGGGUGUGUAUGGUAUCAUUGUCAGUACUCUCCCUGGAUCCUUAACAAUGGAGUGGCACUCGAUUGCUGUCUCGCUGAAUCACCAGGACCUGCUUGGUUAUUGGUCGAGCCGUGCUAUCAGCCAAUUCCCCUUUUGUCGUAUUCUCAGACAGACCCAGUGCAGUUUGAUUGAAAGUAUCUGGAAAAAAAAGGGGGGCAAGUAGCCUAUCUAGUGUGCCUUUGCAAUCCCUCUUUCUUUCUUCGUCCUUAUCUUCAGCACACCAGUGGUUAAGUCUCUGUUCACAUCCAGCUUUGAGGGUCAACGGCAGCAAAAUACUGAGAGAUACAACUUCACAAAACUUGCCCUAGUAAUAACAGAUGCAGCCUAUAGAGAGCACCAAGCAGAGCGGAUUAUCCAUGGUGAGAAAGCAAUCCCAUGCCAUGGGACAAUGUACUGUACAUUCUGUAAUCAGUCUUGUUUUAUAUUGUACAUACAGAUAGAUAUACGCACAUGAUGUCAUUUAAUUUAAUAAGUAAGGGUAUGUGAGGGGAGAUAUACCCCUUACAAGAGACAAAUGGGAAACCCAAAAGUGAAUUUAAACCCUGUGUUUUUUGCACACAUGUUGUGUAAACAAGUGACGCCCCCUACUCUGAUGCCACCUGUGACAUUUUUUAUAUUUCAAAAAAUGAAACAAAUAUUACAAAGAUAUGUUUUGCAAGGUUGAAGUGUAGAAAAUAAUUAAUCUUGUACAAGGUUUUCUCACAGCUACUGGCCAGAUUCUCAUGGGAUGCUUUAUGGAUUUUAUUGAUCCCGUGAGGACAAUUUCAACAGAUUUUUGUUGACCCCGUGACCUUUCCGCAAGCACCACCACUGGGUGCACCACCUUGACCAGAAAUUGGGAAGUGAUCUUGAAAGAAACAGCCAGAUUUCCAUUAAAUCUGCUAACAGUAUUUAUAGUCAGCACAUCAUUAAUAUUUUGCUGACCUUUAAUCCGGCGCCACAAUCCAGCAAAAAUUUCCACUUGGGCACAACAUAUAUCAAAGUCAAAUUCUGUGAGACUCAGGACAAACUAAACAAUUUAACCUCCACUACUGGUUCUAAGAAGAGCAAAUUAUCAGUAUGUCUAAUGCUUUAAUAUUAUAUCUUGUAACGAAUAUUGCUUUUCUCUCUGGGCCAGUAGCAGGGCUUUAAUCUUGUUCCACUUCUCCAAACUGUCACACUGAAGUAAAAACCUGCCAAAUAAAAAGAAGUAAUCAAAUCUCAAAAGUUCUGAAAACCAACAUCUGUCUGAAAAACACAUGUGGUUUGACUUCACAUGCGGGAUUUCACGUGUGACUUCACUGUAAGGAAAGAUGAGGGGGAAAAAUGCCUUUUAUAUUCAACUAGAGACAGCAGUUCAUAUUUGAGCAGGGAAGCCACUGUGUGUAUGUGUGUGUGUGUGUCUGGGCGUGUGUGCAUGGGUGCAUGUUUGUGAAUGUGUGCGAGUGUGUCUGUGUGGGUGUGUGCAUGUUAAUUUCAGUAUAAGCCCUUGGGCCACACCCACACACUCUCAUGUUAGCCAUUCAAUGAGUGAGAGGGAUCCAGUCAGGCAAAGUAACCUCCAUCCAAAUUGAUAUGACUGCAGACUGGCAGUGUUUAUUUUAGUUUUCACUGACUUCUCUGCCUAUUGAACUUGGCUUCACGGGCAGCAGUCAUGUUUUUGCUUGUGGGGGUGGUGUCUCGAGACAAAGCACGUCCAUAAUUCAUAAUAUCGUCAGCUCUGGAGGCCACUUGUACGCUCUCUACUUGCUCUUCCUGUCUCUUAACAUAGGAUGCACUUUGCCCUGGGUGUACUGAUGGCAUCUCAAGGCACACACACACACAUUAUACAAAACAGGUCAAAGUUGUAUAUACACACACAUAAACAGGUAACCGUGGCACAUUCAGAUCUGCACGGAAACACAGGUGUGUGCUCCAUGCACAUUCAAAGUUGCACAUGCAUGCAUGCGCUCACAAACACACACACAUGUACACACAGUUUGCACAAACAAAAGCCCAAACAGCAGUCCUUGCUAUUUCUGCUCCUUCAGAAUCAAUCUGAUGGAUCGAAUGUCUGGAGGUAUUACGACUGACUGAUGGAAGCAGGAUACUAAAUGCAGCACAGAAAGAAAGGGACAUUCUGCAACGCCCAGGGUUCAUGUGCACACACACACAGCUACUGUAACACGCACACAGACAUGCACGCAAACGCACAUGCACUCGGAAAUACAAACUCUGCUAUGCAUCUUAACAAUCUGGAUAGCAUAUGCUUCGAGACUUCUUUUUUUUUUUCCAUGGGAAUCUGCGAGAGUAGCACUGGGAAUCAGGAGAGGUAUAACAGGAUUGAUUAUGAGCCAGGGCUGUAGGCUCUCGCCAUUGAAAUUCCCUCCACCGCAGAUGAAAGUAGCAGUGGAGGUGGAGGAUGGGAUGCAAGUCUUCCAGCUGUUAAAUUCCUCCAAGCUUUUUGAUUUGCUUUCCAGCAACUGCAAGUCUCAGGUGGCAGAUUCCCCAGUUUAUGAGCCCUCGCGUUGCAUCUCUCCUCUCGUGUGUGGAGCUUUGUGGCCUGACAAACUUGCGCUCUUUCCAACAAAUGAAUUUUAAGGAGCUUUUGUCAGUUCAGAUGAGAGUGGAGGAGGGACGUCUUAACACACCUCAGAGUGUCAGCAGCACAUCCAAUAUCAUUCUUUAAAAGAGUAUCCAUCAGCACUAUAUAUGUCUUAUUAUCAAACACUCAAAGGUGCAGUAAACAUGAAACCAUUAAAUGCUUAUUCUGCGUUAUAUGAUAGGAGUAUGAAUCUCAUGUAGCCACGAUGUUUUACGUUCUAUUAAGCAGUUUUAUUUCUGAUUAAAGCUGUUGAGCAGGGCACAGUGAUGCUCAGACUUUGUGGUUUGGCCUUGUAUGCCAGUAUAGGGGAAUGUGAUGUAUUGCUACUUUUGAGAGAGGAGAUGAAUGGGGCUGCCUCAAGAAGGAAAGCAAAGGUACCUGCAUGUCAUAGGAGAUUGAGCAGACGAACGGGAAUGCUUUGCUUUGAUGUAACAUAACUGUAUUCGGCUAAAAAUAGAAAGAAAAAAAAAAAAGAAAAUCUACAAUUGUAAAUAUAUUCACAGAAGAUUUUAUGAAGCUUUAUUUUUGUCUUCUUCUUUGUUUUGAAUUUAUCAUCCAUGUACUUUGCACUUUUUUUGUGUGCUGUGCUCAUCACCGGCCUGUGUGGGAUCUGUGUGGUUGGCUGUUUCUCUCGACUGCAUUGUUUCGACGUCAGGGGGAGACACGCUCAGCGCGGCAUCACUAAAGGGAAAUGUAAGACACUUUUGUUUUCUUUACUCUCAUCCGUUCUUCUGCCAUGGCUUCUCUUUGGUUUUAUAAAACAGUACGGAAUUUUUUUGUUUGUUCGUUUGAUGAAAACAAUCCAUGUAAAUAUCACAAGUAAAAAAAAAAAUGUAUAUUUUUACGACUUCUGAGUUAUUACUCUUUCAUUUGCAAAUAAAAUAUUCAAUGACAACUUAA